AUGCUUCGUACUAUAUUCUCUUGUAAAUCAACUUGGCGUCGUGCGUUUAGCACAACAAGUCACCGUCAUGAAAAGGUCUCUGUUACUCUUCCAGAAGACUCCUUCAAGAUGUAUAAAGUGGACCACAAGCCAAACUUGGAUAUGGAAAUCGAACACAGUGAAUUGCUAGAUAUUUUCACGAAAAUGACCACUAUGAGGAAGAUGGAGUUAGCUGCGGAUGGUCUCUAUAAAGCUAAGAAGAUUCGUGGCUUUUGUCAUUUAUGCACAGGACAGGAAGCUGUAUCUGUGGGUAUGGAAUCUGCAAUUACGCACCAUGACCAUGUGAUCACUGCAUAUCGCUGCCAUGGUUUCACUUUUAUUCGAGGUGCUACAGUAAAGAGCGUGCUAGCUGAGCUUAUGGGACGUGAAAGCGGUAUCUCACAUGGUAAAGGAGGAUCCAUGCACAUGUUCUCGCCGUCAUUCUAUGGUGGGCACGGGAUUGUUGGAGCUCAAGUACCAUUGGGUGCAGGAAUCGCUUUCACUCAAAAGUACCUUGGUAUUCCAUCGGCGACUUUCACUUUAUAUGGAGACGGAGCAGCCAACCAGGGUCAAGUGUUUGAAUCCUUUAACAUGGCAGCAUUAUGGGAGCUACCAUGUAUAUUCGUAUGUGAGAACAACAAAUAUGGAAUGGGGACAUCUGCCAGUCGUUCAUCUGCAUCAACUGAAUACUAUACUCGAGCGGAAUACAUCCCAGGGAUACAGGUGAAUGGUAUGGAUGUUCUCGCAGUCAAGAGAGGAUGUGAAUGGGCAAAGGAGUGGGUUUUGUCAGGUAAAGGUCCACUUGUAAUGGAAAUGAGAACAUACAGAUAUGGCGGUCACUCAAUGUCAGACCCCGGUACAACCUAUCGGUCACGAGAUGAGAUCCAACGUAUGCGAUCCACAGCAGACCCUAUCACCCACCUCCGAGACUUGAUAAUCGAUCGAAAUGUGGCUACCGAAGAAGAAAUCAAAGCGAUCGAUAAAGAGGCACGUAAAUUGAUUGAGAAGGAAACACAGGAAGCGGAAGCGUCGCCAGAACCCGAUUUGAAAGAAUUUUGGAGCGAUAUAUACAUCAAGGGCACUGAGCCCUCCAUUAUCCGUGGUCGUGUACCCUCCGAAUCACAUCGCUUUCAUUAA